UUUUAGAACAUAUUUUAUAUUUUAACUUCAUCAAAAAGCUUUCUGGCUCUGGUAAACUGAAAAAAAAAAACAAAAAGAAGGGAGUAGCUCAACUCUGACACAGUCAGCCCCCACCCCAUUCACCACCAGCUAUGCCAGCCUCUCCUUGGCCGCGCCGCCUCUUUCACCGGUCCUUUUACGCACGCAGCAUCUGCACAAGAUAGAUAUUUCCCGAUCCUUUUAUCUCUCUCUCUCUCUCCCUCUCUCUCUCUUUCUUAUUCUUGGCUAAGCUUUGUUUUUGUUUUGGGUUCGGAACUAACUGGUAUGAGGAAAUUAAGGAGGAGUUGGUCUCUCCAGUUAAUUUCGAUGCAAGGGGGGUCCGAUCAAGGGAAUGAACUGGGGUUUGUAUACCAUGUUUGCUCUGGGUUAGUGAGAGAUAGGACUGAAUUAAACAAACCCGUUAUGUUUCUCCCAUUGGUCACUGUACUUUUUUGACUGAAUCCAUUAAUCUGAAAUCUCUCUGCAGUCGUCCCCCAGAUAAAGACUUCUCCUUUUGUGAGCUUCGUCCUCUCCCGACACCCGUACAUUUCUCUAUAUCUUUUUCUUCUUGUUUCUCUAAAUUUAUACAUGUUCCUGUUAUAGAGGGGGAGGGAUGAAAAUCUUGCGGGAUUUGUUUGGGUUUUAGGGGAUAUGAAGUUCUUGAUUUUGCAUUUAAUGCUAUAUGAUCAAUAUUCAUUGCUGAUAGAGAGGAGACCUUGGUUUCUUUUGGUGGUGGCUGCGCAUGCACAAGGUAACAAUCGCCGUGGUUUUCAACUGUGUGUAGUAUUAGAUUCUUAAGAGCCAGAGGUAGACACGUUGAGUUCACUGUCUUGUCUAUAUUUGAAACGCCUCUCCCUAGUCUCCAGAGUCUUCCUUUAAAACCUGCAUGCACCGCCAGGGGUCAAAAAGCCAAUCCAUUUCUUAACAGUUCUUUGAGAAAAAUAAAGAAAUCCAUAACCAACACUAAACAAGAAAGAAGAUUGAGAAAGAUGCAGCAAGAACAAGGAGGGAGUGAAGAGAUCAUGAAGCAGAAUCAGGAUCGGAGACUGAAGCCGAUGGAAGGAGAGAAUCAACAGCAGCCGCAGCCACAACAGCAGCCGCAGAAAUGCCCCCGCUGUGACUCGCUCAAUACCAAGUUUUGUUAUUACAACAAUUACAGUCUCUCUCAGCCUAGAUACUUUUGCAAGACCUGUAGAAGAUACUGGACUCAAGGAGGAACCCUAAGGAACGUUCCUGUAGGAGGCGGUUGCCGGAAGGGAAAGCGAGCAAAAACGUCAUCAACAUCUUCUUCCUUUAGUGAGAAUUCCAGGUCUCAAUCGCAGCCUCAUCCGCAGAGUAUGGCGAGCUCACAGUCACUGAAUAUUAUGUCUACUACAAAUUCAGGUAAUACUGUGAGUCCGGCUUUGAGGACUAAAGAGUCGUCGGGGGAUUUGGUUUUACCUCCUGGAAUUUCUUCAAUGGGGCCGUAUUAUUCUGGUGGUGGGUUCUUGACCUCUUUAGCAGCAAUCCAAUCUUUGCAUGAUCAACCUCAGUCUUUUGCUCUAAAUCAACCAGUGAAUCUUGGUGGUGAUUUGGGAUCAGGUCCUUCAAAUCUGACUCUAUUGCAUGGUUUUAAUGCUUUUGGGUCACAGCAGCUGCAGCAGCAAAUCCAACAGCAAAGGCAAAUUUACCAUAUGAGUAAUAGAGAAAACAAGAGCGGAGACCAUCCUUUUUACGCCAGCUCAUCACAGCAGCAAAAUUGGCACCAAGGGUUUGGCAGCACCACCACUAACCCUACCGUAUCUGACACAGCUUUGUGGAGUAUCAGUACCAGCACCACCACAGGCAACACUAACAGCAACAGCACCACCACCGCUGGCUCCUUUCCUUUGAACCCACCUGAUCAUGAGUGGCAUGAUCUACCAGGUUAUGGUCCUCCACCAUGAUCUUCAAACAACAGACAGCGGUACGACUCUCUCAAGGAAUUCUUUUGCUUUUAGUACACAGAUCAUCAAUGAAUCUUUAUUUUGUUUUCCCUCUUUGUUUCCCUUCACAUUGUCAAAAUGGUUUCAUUUGGGAAUAUAGAAAUGGUGUAAAUGCAGGAGAGUACAGGGCACUGGCUUUAUGCUUAUAUCAUAGAGAGAAUUUCUGGUUUGGAUUAGGAUGUUUUGAACUUAUGAUCAAAGAUAAUAUGUUUGCUUAAA